GCAGAGUGUGUAACAUCAGCAUACACAUACAGCAGCAGCUAUGGCCUCUUAUUUGACAUUUCUGAUCAUUUGUCUGUUAUGUGCUGAGAGACUUUAUUCGUCAGCUUCAGCCCUCUCAGGUUUCACAGAAGUGGACGUAGAUAAUGGAAAAGAUUGGGAUUUCAUUGACAUAAAUGAAGAAGCAGGACUUAAUCUGGUAGAGGGAGACAUAGUUUUUAAAAAGGAAGAUGGGAAGAACAGUAUUCUGGGUGAAGAGUAUCGCUGGCCGACCACCGUGCCUUACUACCUGGAGGAGAGCUUGGAGAUCAAUGCUAAAGGCGUGAUACUAAAAGCAUUCGAGCAAUAUCGUCUCAAGACCUGCAUUGACUUCAAACCCUGGAGUGGCGAGACAAACUACAUUUCUGUAUUUAAAGGCUCUGGAUGUUUUUCAUCUGUAGGAAAUCGUCAGGUUGGGAAGCAGAGGUUAUCAAUUGGCAGCAACUGUGAUCGCCUGGCAACUGUGGAGCACGAGUUCCUGCACGCGCUGGGUUUCUGGCACGAGCAAUCCAGAUCCGACCGAGAUGAUUAUGUGAACAUCAUGUGGGACCAGAUCGAAGCUGGCAAAGAGCACAACUUCAACACCUAUGAUGACACAGUCUCCAGCGCUCUUGGCUUUCCUUAUGACUACACCUCUGUUAUGCACUACAGUAAGACAGCCUUUAACAAGGACACCAAACCCACCAUCGUCACUAAGAUUCCAGAGUUCAUGGACAUGAUUGGCCAGCGCAUGGAGUUCAGUUCCAGUGAUGUGCGCAAGCUAAACAGGCUGUAUAAUUGCACCACAUCCUCUACCUUCUUGGAUUCCUGUGGCUUUGAGCAGCCCAACGUCUGUGGUAUGAUCCAGGGAAAUGAUGCAAAAGCCAAGUGGGUGCGUGUGAAGAGUGUAGAUGGAGGUCCAAACACAGACUUUACUAACAUGGGCCAGUGUAAUGGCAUAGGUUUCUUCAUGCAUUUCAGCACAGCUACAGAAAACCCUGGAGAUAAUGCUUUCCUGGAAAGUCGGCUCUUUUAUCCGAAUAGAGGACGUCAAUGCCUGCAAUUCUACAUGUACAACAGCGGAGGUGCUGAUGAUCAGCUAAACAUCUGGGUUCAUGAAUACAACAAUGAGAGUCCUAACGGAGUGCUGACACUCAUUCAGACAUUCCGUGGUGGUAAAAGGAACUCCUGGGAGCUUCAUCAUGUGACCCUAGAGGCAUCGCAGAAGUUCCGGGUAGUGUUUGAAGGGGUGAAGGGCGUAGGAGCAUCCAAAGGAGGUCUCUCUCUAGAUGACAUCAACCUGUCAGAGACACAAUGCCCUCACCAUACAUGGCACAUCCAGAACUUCACCAGCCUCCUCGCCACAACACCUGUUAACUCCAAGAUAUACAGUCCCACUUUCUUGUCUCCUGAUGGCUACUCUUUCCAGAUUGGUCUGUAUCCUAAUGGGAAAUCGAGCAGUCCUAAUGAUAUAGCCAUGUACUUGCAUUUGACUUCUGGUCCCAAUGAUAGCCAGCUAAAAUGGCCAUGCCCAUGGAGACAGGCUACCAUAGCACUGAUGGACCAGCACCCAAAUAUUCAGGAACGCAUGGAUAACCAAAGAAUGAUCACCACUGACCCCAGCAAGACCUCCACUGACUCCCUGGGCAAUGUUGAAUAUUUCUGGGAUGACCCACGGAAGGUGGGAAGUCUGGUAAAAAACCCAGACGGUACAUCAUACUACAGAGGACCGGGUACUGGCACCAGCGCUUUCAUCACACAUAACAGACUAAGGAGUCGGGACUUCAUUAAAGGAAAUGAUGCCAUCUUCCUCCUUAGUCUAGAAGAUGUGACCGGACUUUUGGAAACACAGCCUGUGCCGCAAACUGCUGCAUACACCGAGAAAAGAAGCUCUUCAUCCAGUGUAAACACUACACCAGCUGUGUUUUUUGCUUUUGUGGGCGUGCUUAUAUUGCUGCUUGGGGUUGCAAGUGUGGUGUACGGUGUAAAGAGACCCAGAAGGGCUGAAGUGACAGACACUGAGGGAGGACAUGUUCCAGAAAGAAUAAAUGCCUGAAUUUUCCAGCUGGCUCACACUGUAGUGGUAAAUGCUGAUGACAUCUAAUCUGAUAUGCAUUUUAUCCAACUGUCAGUGUUUGAAUAUUAUAAAAAAAAAUAAA